ACGCCGAAGCGUUCGGUCGUGUCCGCGGUAGUUGCCUCUUGAAUCUUGGACUCCACUCUGGUGCUCCACUCCACCCACUGGGAGGUGCUCCAAUCGCUCAACUUAUACCCUCACAGACUCCGCUGAGAACGUGUAGUCGCGUGUGUGUGUGUGCCAAGUGCCAGAAUUGUGUGACUAAACUAAUCGCUAAAACUAAAACUAAAAGUAAAGAACAAAUCCCCACGUGAAGCGGGGGAAAUAUUCAGGCAUUCAGGCAUUCAGCAUCCAACAUCCGCCGCUUGCGGCUCCCCGUGUCUCAUUCGAGUGCAAAAUCUGUAAUUGAAAUUCUGCCGCUUACGAAAUUCAAAUCUCGAAAUCUCCGAACAACAGACAAAGACGAAACUUUAUUCAUCUGAAAGUCAAAAAACUUUGUGCACAGGAGCAACACGACUCGGGAAUUUUAAUCAAGGACCGCAGAAAUGCAGUCAAAGGGAAGUCAGGCGCGUGGCACAGAUACAACGCGGCACUAAUUGAGGUGCAGCACGGCGAGGACACGGACCAGGACCAGGACUAGGACCAUGGCUUCAUUUGUAUGCAGGCCAGGAGCAUCCACAGGAACAGCAACAGCAACAAGAGCAACGGAAAUGCAGAGCAGCGGCUAAGCGGAAGUCACAAGCCGCAAAAGCCGUGCGCCCAAAACAACCCACGAACCAACGGAAAAUAGACGGAAAAUAGAGGGAAACCCGAGGGAAAACCGAGGGAAAACACAGCAACACACACAGCAAAACUAAAACGCACCAAACAAAAAAAAGAAGAAAAAAAAAACAGCAGCACAAAUUAGCAGGCAGAGGAUUCGCAUUCGAAUUCGGAUUCUGAUUCGGUUGCAGGAUGAUGAGCGCCGGGGGUACGUACAUCUCCACCGCCAGCGUGGAGGUGCCAAAGGCGCUGCAGGAUGGCGAAAAGUUCAUUCGCUGGGACGAUGACUCGGGCACUGGCCUGCCCGUAACGAUGCGCGUGGAUGCCAAGGGCUUCUUCCUCUAUUGGGUGGAUCAGAACAACGAGCUGGACAUUCUGGAUAUAGCCACCAUACGGGAUGUGCGCACGGGACAGUAUGCCAAGAAGCCAAAGGAGGGCAAACUGCGGCAGAUUGUGACCAUGGGACCGCAGGACACCACGCUCGAGGAGAAGACGGUGACCGUGUGCCAUGGCUCCGAUUUUGUCAAUAUGACGUUCGUCAACUUUUGCUGCAACCGGCGGGACAUUGCACAGCUCUGGUGUGACGGACUCAUCAAGCUGGCCUACAGCCUGGCGCAGCUGAACGGCUCGGCGAUUAUGUUCCUGCAGAAGGCCCACACCCGUCUGUGUCUGCAGGUGGACAAGAGUGGCCGCAUACCAGUGAAAAACAUCAUUAAACUUUUUGCCCAGAACAAGGAGGAUCGCAAACGUGUCGAGAAAGCGCUGGACGUGACCGGGCUGCCGUCGGGCAAGGGCGACAGCAUAUCGGUGUCCAAAUUUCAAUUUGAGGACUUUUACAAUCUCUACAAAUAUCUGACGCAGCGCUCCGAAGUUGAGGUGCUCUUUGACAGCAUUGUGGGCGUCUCAAAGCGCAAAUGCAUGUCCAUACCGCAGCUGGUGGAGUUUCUGAACAAAACGCAACGCGAUCCGCGCCUCAACGAGAUACUCUAUCCGUAUGCGAAUCCAGCGCGAGCCAAGGAGCUCAUCCAGCAGUACGAGCCGAAUAAAUUCAAUGCCCAGAAGGGCCAACUCAGCUUGGAUGGCUUUUUGAGGUACCUCAUGGGCGACGAUAAUCCCAUAAUGGCGCCCAACAAACUGGAUCUCUGCGAUGACAUGGAUCAGCCGAUGUCGCAUUACUUCAUCAACUCGUCGCACAACACUUAUCUCACGGGACACCAGCUGACGGGCAAGUCCUCGGUGGAGAUAUACAGGCAGUGCCUGCUCGCUGGCUGCAGAUGCGUGGAGCUCGACUUUUGGAAUGGACGCACCGAGGAGCCCGUCAUUGUGCACGGCUACACGUUUGUGCCCGAGAUCUUUGCCAAGGACGUGCUGGAGGCCAUCGCAGAGAGUGCAUUUAAGACAUCCGAAUACCCUGUGAUACUGAGCUUUGAGAAUCACUGCAAUCCCAGGCAGCAGGCAAAAAUCGCCAACUAUUGCCGCGAAAUCUUUGGCGAUAUGCUGCUGGAUAAGCCGCUCGAUUCGCAUCCCUUGGAGCCGAACAUGGACCUGCCGCCGCCGGCGGCCCUGCGUCGCAAGAUCAUCAUCAAGAACAAGAAGAAGCAUCACCAUCAUCAUCACCACCAUCACCACAAGAAGCCCUCGCAGGCGGCGGGCACACCGGCAGCCAGCAACAAACUGAUGACCGCCAAUUCAGUGGAUGCGGCGGCCAAGGCAGCAUCUGCCGCAGCGGCGGCGCAACAAGUGGCAGCAGCAGCCGCCGCCCACGAGGAGGGUGCUGGAGCUGGAGCAGCCGUACGCGCCGCCAAUGGUGACAUUUCGACAGGAACCGGAGGACAUGCACCGCCAUUGCAACAAAUACGCCAGAGCUCCAAGGACAGCACUGGGUCCUCGGACUCGGACAGCUCCUCGGACGAUGAAUCCCUGCCCAAUACCACACCCAAUCCACCCAGCGGCAACGAACCGCCGCCGGAGAAGGCCCAAAAGGAAACGGAAGCCGGAGCGGAGAUCUCAGCGCUGGUCAACUAUGUGCAGCCCAUACACUUCAGCUCCUUUGAGAAUGCAGAAAAGAAAAAUCGCUGCUACGAGAUGUCCUCGUUCGAUGAGAAGCAGGCCACAACGCUGCUGAAGGAGCGGCCCAUUGAGUUCGUCAACUACAACAAGCAUCAGCUGUCGAGGGUCUAUCCCGCGGGCACGCGCUUCGACAGCUCCAACUUCAUGCCGCAGCUGUUCUGGAACGCGGGCUGCCAGCUGGUGGCGCUCAACUUCCAGACCCUCGACCUGGCCAUGCAGCUCAAUCUGGGCAUCUUCGAGUACAAUGCCCGAUCGGGCUAUCUGCUGAAGCCGGAGUUUAUGCGUCGCUCCGAUCGACGGCUGGAUCCCUUCGCCGAGAGCACCGUGGAUGGCAUCAUUGCGGGCACCGUCUCGAUACAAGUGCUGUCCGGCCAAUUUCUCACGGACAAGCGGGUGAACACGUUCGUGGAGGUGGAAAUGUACGGCCUGCCGGCGGACACAGUGCGCAAGCGGUUCCGCACCAAGACGGUGCGCGACAACGGCAUGAAUCCCGUGUACGAUGAGGAUCCGUUCGUCUUCAAGAAGGUGGUGCUGCCGGAGCUGGCCAGCAUACGGAUAGCCGCCUACGAGGAGGGUGGCAAGCUGAUCGGCCAUCGGGUGCUGCCAGUGAUUGGCCUCUGUCCGGGGUAUCGGCACGUCAAUCUCCGCUCGGAGGUGGGCCAGCCGAUCGCCCUGGCCUCGCUCUUCCUGUGCGUGGUGGUCAAGGACUAUGUGCCGCACGGCCUCUCCGAUUUCGCCGAGGCCCUGGCCAAUCCCAUCAAGUACCAGAGCGAGCGCGAGAAGCGCGACAUGCAGCUGUCGGUGCUCACGGACGAGACCGAUGCAUUGGUCAGCGCCGACGAAGAUCUCUCCAAGUCGUUCGUUUUCGUCCAAGUAGGUGGCCAGAAGAAGGAGCUGCGUCCGGUGGAGUCGCUAGCCACCUCGCCCAAGCACAGGGCGAGCAUCUCUGCGGCGGCUGCCUGGAGCGUGGAGCCGCCCACGGACCGCACCGAUGGCGGCGGCGGCGGCGGCGGUGGCGUGGGCCGUGGCGCGGGCGAUGACAGCGAAUGCAUUGUGGCGCCCAGCAGCAUGCAGCAUCAGCACUCGCUGGACCAGUCGGUGAACACCUCGAUCAGGCAGGUGGAGUCGUCGCAGUUCGAUGUGGAGCCCGUGGUGGCGGAGCCGCUGGAGAAGCUGCUCGACCACAAGUCCGUCAAGGAGAAGCGCCUGGAGAUGGAGAAGAAGCUGGAGUCGCUGCGCAAGAAGCACGACAAGGAGAAGCUCAAGAUAGCCGGCCAGAAGAGCAGUCCGCUCGAGGGCAAGAAGCCCAAGUUUGCCAUCACCAACAAGCUGGUGAAGCGGCUCAGCAACAAGAGUCUUAAUUGUCUCUCUCCGAACAGCGAACCGGGCGUCGAGAUACCCGCCUGCCCCCUCGAUCUGGGCGACAGCAGCGAGGAGAGCGCUGGCGGCGCCGAUGCUGGCGAGGAGCUGGCCGGCGGCAGCAGCAGCCUGGAGGGCAGCACCCAGGAGUCGCGCCUGCGCAGCGCCUGUCGCGAGUACACGGCCCAGUACCGUGAGCUGCAGGAGAAGUAUCACGAGGCCAUAUACACGGCCGCCGAGAAGGUGCUGAAGACCUCCCAGACCGGGCAGAUGAAGCAGCUGAAGGCCUCCCUGGACAAGGUCACCGGCGAGGUGAUGCACCAGCUGCAGGAGGCGCGCCGCAACGAGGUCAAGAAUCUGGCCACAGUGCACAGGGAUCGCGACGAGCUGGUCAGAAUGAAGCGCGAGGUGGCCAGCUCUGUGGUGGAGCGAGGAGUGGCCGAGCGUGUGCGUCUGAAGCAGACGUUCGACAGGCGCACGGACGACCUGCAGAAACAGCACGACUCAGUGCGCAAUGCCCUGGCCGAGCACCGCUCCAAGGCUCGUCAAAUACUCGACAAGGAUGCAGAAUCUCGCAGCUGCGUCUCCAACAACGGCUUCCUGGUGCUCUUCCAUGGACCGCAUCAUCAUGGCUGCUCGGGCUCCGGCUCCGGCUCGUCGGCCAUUUCGGGCAAUAAUCUCACACUGAAUCUGGAUGCCGGAGCUGCGGGCGGACACUCGGCCGUAUCGCCGGCCAGGUCGCAUCACAGCAUUGCAGCGGCCACGGAGAUGAAGACGUAAGCGCUCCCAUUGAGUGCUCUUGAAAGUGGUUCUUUAUUCUUUAUUCUUUAGUUUUUAGUUUGUCGGUCUUCAGUAUUCGCGACAGAAAAUAGAAAACAAAAAGUCUUCGUAGUUCUUAAGCUAAACAAAAACUGAAAACCCUUUUGUUCGACGGGAACUCAACCUCGACUCGACUAGAUCUUAGGGGCAUCUAAAUCCUAAGCCUAAAACCGUGCAAAGGCAACGCCAGAAAUCGCUUCUUUUCAUACUGAACAAACUAGAAUGUAACGCUCUCGCAUGUACGAUGUAUUUGUAGUUAAUGUAUCUAUAUAUAUAUAUCUGUAUCUGUACACUGUAUACUGUAACUAUCGGUCUAUAUCUAGUGCAUGGAUGGACGGACCUGACGUGAAGCCGAGAGCCGUACGGUUUCUUCCUACUCGAACUUCGCCGAAACUCUGAGUGUCCAAGUGUUAAGCAAGAACAGCAAGAAAAACGUAACAGAAUCUAAGUAUAAUUUAUUUGUGGUCAAGCAGCAGCAGACUAGGGCGAUGCAGGGGGAUGAUCCAUGGGGAUAGAACGGAGGACACUGGGUCUGCGGGGGCAGGGGGGAACUGCAUCGCGUCUGCUAGUGCUCCAUCUGGAGAUUUUUCUAAAUGCUAAAUGUGGUUGUGUGUAUUACUCUUUUACAUCAGUUUUAAUUAAUCUAAUUUAUACGAUUAGUUUAAGCUCGUUCGGCCCGCACAAUUUCCAUGCACCAUGGGUGGAUUGUGGAAUGAAUCUCUGCAGCGGCAAGCACAAAGUCUAAGCCAACAAUUUAGUCAAUUAUAUUAUUUUUUAUUCGGUCGGUUGGUUGCUAUUUAUUGAUUAAUGAUUGUUUUUCCACCCUCAGUCACUAUGCUUACGUUCAUUUUUUUAGUUGAUAGAAAAACUCCAAUAAAAUUCUCUAUCGAAUUGUUUUAAA